AUGGUUGGUCAGUUGCAGAUUUCUCUGAGUGUUGACAUUGUAGAUGCCACGCUGACUGCCACCUUUGUGUUUGCUUCCAGGACCAUUCUGCUGAGUGUGAUCUCACUGCUGAAUGAACCCAACACCUUUUCUCCUGCCAAUGUGGACGCGUCUGUCAUGUACCGCAAAUGGAGAGACAGCAAAGGCAAAGACCGGGAGUAUGUGGAGAUCAUCAGAAAACAAGUGUUGGCUACCAAGGCUGAAGCUGAGCGCGAUGGCGUGAAAGUGCCCACUACGCUGGCGGAGUACUGCGUCCGCACACGCGCCCCAGCCCCCGACGAAGGCUCCGACCUCUUCUAUGACUAUUGCUACGACGAAGACGACGUGGAAGGCGAGGAUGGCGACUGUUGCUAUGACGAAGACGACUCAGGCAAUGAGGAGUCCUGACACGCUUUUUUCCGGCACCCCGAUCUUAGCUGACAUGUGCUACCCUUCCUCUCUCUGCCCGGGUUGCCAGAUAUUCUAGGUUUACAACCAAGAAAGAUUGGAAGCUUCCCUCCUCUAAACCAACACAGAGCUUUUUUCCUCUCGCCUCUGAAUGCGUCUUGGAGGUUGAAAUUGAUGCCUUGCUGAGGAAGGCUCUGACCUGGUAAGAUUUGCACCAGCACAAAAGUCACCAGUUUCUUCAGUUUUUAUCAUCACCUAAAUCCUUACUUUAAAGAAAAUAAAAAAACAAAAAAACAUAACUCUCACAUACCCUGCCGAGUUUCUCAGUCCCAUGUAUAGUGUAAGGUGUUGUGGGGUUAAAAAAACAAACAAAAAACCCAACUGUCAACAAUAGCAACAUUUGCACUGGUGCAAACACUUCCAAACAUUUCUCAGCCUGUCUUUUGCAUAUCUUUCUUUCCCUAAUUGUAACUGGCUAUUGCUCACUGCUAGUUGGUCACAGUGAUGAACAGAAGAUUGAGGACUUCAAACAGCACGUUUGCUGUGCUGCAAAUAUUCAGUUUUUUGUUUUGUUUUUGGGUUUGUUUGUCUUUUUUCUCCCCUCUCCAAGUGUCACAGUCUGAUCCGCUUUGAUAGGACAAGACCUUAAUUGUCACAUGACGAUGUUUUCAAAGUUCCUGUGCAUGCCGGAACUUCUUUUCAAAGCUUUUUGUCUCUUUUACUGGUGGACCGUUUAUCUACGUCAUGAUCCGUGUGAUGACAAAGACUUCAACAACAAGGACUCUCUGCCCGGAGGACCGGCUGGCUCAAUCGGAAGGUCAAAUCCUCACGUGAACUUUUUUUUUUUUCUGUUUUUUUUCCUAACAUGAAGUUGAUCUUUGCCGUGUUUUCUUCUGGUUACUGUUGGAUGUAUUUCUCCUGUCAUUUUAAGUGUAGGGUUGUGUUAUUUGAAGUAGUUCAGAUUAAGAGUUGUGUAGGAUGAUCACCAGGGAGUUGUUGGGGCGGAACUAAUUAUUGAUCAGAAUUGCAUUUCUCCUCGGGGGAGGUCACUCGCUGAUGGGCCCCACUUGACCCAAAGACCAAAAGAAGUGUGUUUUAAAGAAAGCCCAAAACAUUUGGUAACUGUUUGUCGCAUUCUGUUUGCUCUUUGUGUUCUCUCUUGCAAGCUUGUUUUCAUUUUACUGUUUUCUUCAGAUAGAUGUUAUGCCUGUGUUUUGUUUUUUUGUUUUUUGCUUGAGAAUGAGUUAUGUGAUGACGAGAUUAUUAGGUUUGAUUGACAGAAACAAUUGUAGGUAUUGUCUCAUAAUCUAUGAUCCCACACUUCUCAACAAGGUUCUUUCUUUUCUUUUCUUUUCUUUUCUUUUCUUUUUUUUCUCCUGCCAGUCCUCGGAAGUGAACAAGACCAUCAUGUUUUAUUCUUCCAUUGCUAUUCUGUCUUAGUUGAGAUUGGACUUUUUUCUUUUUCUUCUGUGUGUGUGUGUGUGGGUGUGCUCUGUGUGAACCUUUUCUUCAGCAAUAUUGAUUGUUUUAAUUAAAUUGGGAAGUCAUACUGAAUUUCUCAGGAUAAUGAAUUACAUGUGACACAACAAUUGAGAAAAAGUAACUAUUUUCCUCUUUCGGUGGUCUUCAGUGUUGGUUUGCAUCUUUAACAGGAACCGUGACAGAUAUGCACAUAUAGCUGUAUGAAUGAUUACUAUGUUGUUUUAUUCACCUGUGUAUUUUUUUUUUUCAGCUAUUUAAAAACUGAAAAAAUAAAGAUUUAUU